AUGGCUUUAGUUAAGUUGGACUCACCUCACAUCGUCGAGCCCGGCACCUCCACCUGGGGAGCGAUCGCCGGCGAGCUGAAAAGCCGCCAAAAAGUGGCAAAGGUCCGACCGACGCCACAGGUCCGCCUGAACCCGCCCAGAUAUCCCGGCGGCGCGAUGCCGACGAUGGACGAUGGUUGCCUGAAAACGGAAUACCACCAACCAACCGACUUUCUCUCCCCGCCACACCUAUCGGCUAGAAAUUCCAGUGCUUCAAGUCUCCUGCUUGGCAAGGACGAAGACGCACUUUCCGUGGCCGGCACCGUCUUCAACGAGCCGUGGGACAGCAGUGCCUGGGAUAAUCUGCUUGACCUUGCCCAUCAUGGCGACUCCAGGACCACAAGAAUGAACGAGCCAAUUGCCGAAGAAGAUGACAGCGAUUCGGAUAGAUCUUCUCCGAUGUUGGACAGCGAACCGGAGCUGUCCUACUCCCCGAGUUUCCACCCGACACCCCGACACAUUCCAUCCGACCAUGUCACCCAAAAAUCUUGGGACACAAGCCAUUAUGGGAAUUUUUCCACGAUUAAUUCGAGAAUCAGCGAGCGUGCGAAUACGCUGGGGCGCGACGGGCGAAUGGCCAGUCAUGACACGAGCAUGAACUCGCUACCACGAUCCGCCUCAAGGUUCUCAACGAUGGGUACGGAAAGCGUCGGGGACCUGGACUCUGCCACUUUUUCGCCGCUCAUCUCCAGGUCGCCGAAGAAACGGCACCCAUCUGAUGACACUGGGGCAUGCGCCAUCCAAAAAUAUGUCGAAAAGCUAGCUGACAGCAAAAAGACGGUGUUCGGAGCGAAGGUGCGCAAAUUCAUCGAAUGCACCGUGGAAAGCGAGGAGAGCGACCCGGGCGUUGUCUUCCGGAACAUCCGCCAAUUCACGAGUGGAAUCAAGAACUAUUUGGUCAAGCAUGGCGAGGAGGAACUUCACGAGAAAAUCAGCAGCGAGACUUCGCGCCUGAAGGGAAACCAAAUUCUGAACAUCGACGCGAUCCUCGACUCCGUUUUGCAUAAGAUUUUGUUGAAACCCAUCAACCACUACCUCUACCAUCUGAUGGUCAAGGCGCUCAACGCCAACGGGUCAUUGGCCGCAUUUUCCGCCAAUUUCACCUUAAUCAAGAGCCUGUCGCUGAAACAACUUGGCUUCCGGAGACCGGAUCUGAUCUCCGAGCCAUCGCCGAAAACGAUGGCGCUGAUCAAAAUGCAUCUGAAGAAAAUGCAGUCUCACUACUCCCCGCUGAAAAAGUUGGAGAACUUGCUGAGGGUUGUCUCGUUGGUCACUGAUGACGAGGAGAACACAGUGCCACUCGGGUCCACACUGAAGCGCAAUCAAAGCUUAUCGUUUCCAAGCGCUGACGAUUUGGUUCGCUGGUUCGUCUAUCUGUUGCCCCGUUUCGAGUGUUUCGAGUGCGAGCUGCAGGCGUGGUACAUGUGGGAGUUGCUCCCGCCCCAGACACAAGCUGAUGCCGCAUACUACCUUGGCAUUUUGUUAUCUGCAAUAAUGAUCAUCAAAAGUGCGGACGAGAUCCGGCGGCUCGGCGAUGAUUCCCAUUUCCGGAGCACGAUGGACAUCACACGUGCCGGAUCCCCAGCCAGCUACGCUCACUUGUCAAGCGACGCCUUCAUCAGUGUCGUUAUCCCGGAUGAGCUGAACGGGUGUAUCAGAUAUUCAACGCUUCCGGGCGUUCGGCAAAUGACGGUCGACAAAUUGUGCAAAAUUGUCGCCAACCAGCAGGGCAUCACGAAUCCCGAGGACUACGGACUGUAUGUGUUGCGAGAUGGACUCGAGGAGUGUCUGGGGGCAAAGGAGAGCCCGGCAGCAAUCCGUGAUGGUGCUCGCGCCCGCCAUUGUCCUCACUUGUUCGUCUACAAACGCCACAACGCCAAAAUCGCGUGGCCCCAACAGUUGCCGAUUUCCCGUAGUCCGGCCAUCGGCUCCCACCCGCUACCCCAGUUAUCUGCA